AUGAGAAAUUUUAUGUUGUUGUUGGUGUUAGGAUGCCUCGCUCUGGCAGUCUCUGAUGCGCUAAGGUGUAGAGGAUUUAUUUUCAAACGUAGAUACAGGGGAUUUGCAAUGGGGAUGGUGCCGCGAGGAACGUAUAACAAAAACUAUGCAGAACAUUGUUGCAAAAGACUAAGGGCAUCCCUAGUCCAUGAUUUUCAAAAAGCCGAAUACUUUGGAAAAUUUCUAAGGAGGUUCAGGCACUCCAAAGCGAGAAGAAUCGUCGGCGUGUUAACUGGUAUGGAACUGAAAGGGUACAACAAUCCGCAACGAUGCGUUUAUAUGAACCGCAGAUCGGGCUUUAGAGCGGCAGUACUCGAAGAGUGCAAAGUGUCAUCACGUAUCGCUUACUUGUGUUACAAGAAGUAAUCAUGCUUUGCAAUAUGAACAAAUCUAUACAUAACACAUUGUUGUCUAGUUUUUCCUCAUUUGAAACAAAAUAGUAUUUAUAAACUUACAUAUACCAUAACGUAGAUUCUGAUUUCAUGUUGGUACUUCUUGUGCUUUUUACAAAAUUAAUUCUUAAUAACUUCAACAGACUGAAAUU